GUUAGUCCUACUCCUAUGUGUUAGUUACGUGACAUCUCCAUGCCUUUCUUAAAUCCCUACUUCUCUAACCUAAUACAAUCUAAUAACUUUCGAGAGCGUUUAUCUAUUACGAAUAUCAACUAUCAACUACCAACCACCGUUCCUAGAGCAAACUUCAUAUCCAAUUUCAAACAGAGAAUAUCAACCCAUGAAAGCCAAGGAAGCAUCAUCACCCUCAACACCCAUCUUUAGAAUCCGUGUCCUCGACGCCGUCAUCGACGUGCCAUUUAAACACCACCAUAUGAUAGAGGGACCUAUAAUAGGAGAUGCAGGAGGACCAGCUCUCUCCCAGCAACCGGAACAUUCUCCAUCCUCACCGAAUAACAACAGCAUACUCAACACAACCACCACCAUUACUACCACUAACAACAUAAACCACGCUAUCUCACCGCCGCCCUCUUCGCCACGCACCAACCGCUCCCAAGGCGAAUUCCUAGCCCUCCUCAUACUACUGCCCGCGCAGCGGUAUUCCUCAUCACCAACACCCUCCUUUGAUUCAGCCGAUUACUUUGAUUGUGAAGGAGAUGUAGGUAGAUAUGAGAGAAGAUUACCCUAGCUGCAACAUUAGUAGUGGUAGUAGUAAGAUAUAGGAUGACAACCGAUCAGCAUUAACGAGAAACAAGUUAGAGGAGGAUAGUCGUCACGGAGAAAAUGUAGUUAUGAGAGCAAUGUAGAAAGAUGAUGGUAGCGGCUGGGGAUAGACAUAACAGUAUUGUGUCAU